AUGACCUUCAGGCUGCCUGAGGAACUAACCAACGUGUUGGAGAUCUGUAACAUAGUGUUCACUAGUAUGUUUGCCAUGGAGAUGAUCCUGAAGAUAACAGCGUCCGGAUGUUUCAACUAUCUGAGAAACCCCUACAAUGUGUUCGACGGUGUCAUCGUCAUUAUCAGUGUGUGUGAGAUCAUCGGCCAGUCUGACGGAGGUCUGUCCAUUUUGAGGACCUUCAGACUCCUUCGUGUCCUGAAGCUAGUCAGGUUCAUGCCAGCGCUGCGCAGACAGCUCGUGGUCCUGAUGAAGACUAUGGACAAUGUGGCCACCUUCUGUAUGCUGUUGAUGCUGUUCAUCUUUAUAUUCAGUAUCUUGGGGAUGCAUAUCUUUGGCUGCAAGUUCAGCCUGAAGACAGAGGCAGGAGACACUGUUCCAGACAGGAAGAACUUUGACUCUCUACUCUGGGCCAUCGUCACUGUGUUUCAGAUCCUAACCCAGGAAGACUGGAACACGGUGCUGUAUAAUGGAAUGGCUGCCACCUCUCCUCUAGCUGCUCUGUACUUCGUAGCUCUUAUGACGUUUGGGAACUACGUCCUCUUCAACCUGCUGGUGGCCAUCUUGGUAGAGGGAUUUCAGGCUGAGGGAGAUGCUAAUCGCUCCUAUUCAGAGGAUGACAGUUCCCCCUCUAACUUUGACGAGAGUGAGAAGCUUAAUGAUUCUCUCAAACUGUCUGAUCCUAAGAUCUGCACUUUGACCCCUAACGGGCACCUGGAGUUGACCACGUUGACCCCGGUGAUGACCCCCAGGGGGUCGUACCCCACUGACAGGCUGACCUAUGCCCUGGGGUCACGGAAGAGCAGCGUUAUGAGUCUGGGCAAGGCCAACCUGGAGCAGAGGAGAUCAUUCUCUCUGCACCACGGCCGCAGUUCCCUGCACCACCAUUGGGGUCGCCCUCCCCCUCCUCAGAGUGCAUGGAACCGCAGGUCCAGCUGGAACAGCCUGGGUUGUCCCUCCCGGGGGCUAGGGGGGAUGGGAGCAGGUGUGGUGGGAGGAAGCCUCCGUGUCCGAAGCCCCCACUCCCACAUCCACUCCCUUUACCACUCAGCCGAACAUGAGUUCCUCCUCUCCCCCGCUCUCCGCCUCCCCCCUCACCACGCUCCCCCUCUCCCCCUCCUCUCCCGACGCAAUGCCAUCCGGCACCGGGACCGCCGCGCUCUCUCCCUGGAGCUGCCAAACAUGCUCCAGGUCCCCGGGGGACCUCCGUCUCACCCCAACCCCAGGAUGAGGAGUGUUUCUGGGGGAGGGAGCAGCGGCAGUGGGGGUAUGGUGGUGGAGCACCAUGAUUGUAAUGGAAAGGCUCCUAGUCCUAUUGGUGUUAUGGGUCCCCAGACUGCCCAACUCCUAACGGAGGUCUUCCCUCAGCUGAACCUCGCCAAGGACAGAUCGGACCUGGAUGAGGAGAUAGACUAUAGUCUGUGUUUCCGUAUCCAGAAGAUGAUGGAGGUGUACAGGCCUGACUGGUGUGAGAAAAGAGAGGACUGGUCUGUCUACCUCUUCUCACCACAGAACAAGUUCAGACUGCUAUGUCAGUCCAUUAUAGCCCACAAGCUCUUUGACUACGUGGUUUUAUCCUUCAUCUUUCUCAACUGUAUCACUGUAGCUCUGGAGAGACCCAAGAUACUGCAGAGCAGCUUGGAAAGACUUUUCCUCACAGUCUCCAACUACGUCUUCACAGCCAUAUUUGUGGCUGAGAUGACCGUCAAGGUGGUCUCUAAGGGUCUGUACCUGGGUGAGAAGGCCUAUCUGAAAAGCAGCUGGAACGUUCUGGAUGGUUUCCUGGUCUUCGUGUCGUUGAUUGACAUUGUUGUGUCCAUGGCGGGCGGGGCUAAGAUUCUGGGGGUGCUGAGAGUGCUCAGGCUGCUCAGGACACUACGCCCUCUCAGGGUGAUCAGUAGAGCUCCAGGCCUGAAGCUAGUGGUAGAGACUCUCAUCACGUCUCUGAAGCCUAUAGGAAACAUCGUCCUCAUCUGCUGCGCUUUCUUUAUCAUCUUCGGCAUCCUCGGUGUGCAGCUGUUCAAGGGGAAGUUUUACUACUGCCUGGGUCUAGAGGUGAAGAACAUCACCAACAAGUCUGACUGUCUCCAGGCUAACUACAGAUGGGUUCACCACAAAUACAACUUUGAUAACCUGGGACAGGCUCUGAUGUCUCUGUUUGUGCUGGCAUCUAAAGACGGCUGGGUCAACAUCAUGUACCAUGGUCUGGAUGCUGUGGGCAUAGACCAACAGCCGUCUAUUAACAACAAUCCGUGGAUGCUCCUGUACUUCAUUUCCUUCCUCCUCAUCGUCAGUUUCUUCGUUCUCAACAUGUUCGUGGGCGUGGUGGUGGAGAACUUCCACAAGUGCAGACAGAACCAGGAAGUGGAGGAGGCCAAAAGGAGGGAGGAGAAACGACAGAGACGCAUGGAGAAGAAGAGGAGGAAGGCCCAGAAGCUACCCUACUAUACCAACUAUAGUCAUGGUCGUCUGAUGAUCCACACUCUGUGUACCAGCCACUACCUGGACCUCUUCAUCACCUUCAUCAUCUGUAUCAAUGUCAUUACUAUGUCCCUGGAACACUACAGCCAACCACAGUCAUUGGAGACGAGUCUGAAGUAUUGUAACUAUUUCUUCACCACAACCUUUGUGUUGGAAUCUGUCCUCAAGCUCAUCGGCUUCGGGUUCCGACGCUUCUUCAAGGACAGGUGGAACCAGCUGGACCUGUCCAUAGUGUUGUUGUCAGUGAUGGGCAUCAUUCUGGAGGAGAUUGACUACAAUGCUUCUCUACCCAUCAACCCGACCAUCAUCAGAAUCAUGAGGGUGCUGCGGAUAGCACGAGUUCUCAAGCUAUUGAAGAUGGCUACAGGAAUGAGAGCUCUUCUAGAUACAGUGGUUCAGGCUCUACCUCAGGUGGGGAACCUGGGCCUGCUGUUUAUGUUGCUGUUCUUCAUCUACGCUGCUCUGGGGGUGGAACUGUUUGGAGAGCUGGUGUGUAAUGCUGACUACCCGUGUGAGGGCAUGAGUCGGCACGCCACCUUCGAGAACUUUGGUAUGGCCUUUCUCACCCUCUUCCAGGUCUCCACCGGAGACAACUGGAACGGCAUCAUGAAGGACACCCUGCGUGAGUGCCCUCCAGGACCCAGUGACUACCCGUGCCACGCUGGACUCCAGUUCAUCUCUCCCAUGUACUUUGUCUCCUUCGUCCUCACCGCCCAGUUCGUACUCAUCAACGUGGUGGUGGCUGUGCUCAUGAAGCACCUGGACGACUCAAACAAAGAGGCCCAGGAGGAUGCUGAGAUGGAUGCAGAGAUUGAGCUGGAGCUAGCCCAGGGACAACUCCAACUACCCACCUGCUGCAUGGGGGGGCUGGGCACUGGGCUGGUCGUGGCUGGGGCCUCUGGAGCGCCUGGUGAUUUUACUAGAUUUUUUCAGUGAAUAUUAAUAUGAUUUAUCUAUUUUAUCUACCUGCCCUGGGACCUCUAGCUAGCCGGCUAAAUCUGAAACAUUUACAGAUAUGUUGAUUGAUGUGCAUUGUCUCUGUCAAAUACAUGUAACAAAUGAAAUUAAAUGAAAAGUGGACAAUUUAAAAACAAAUCUCAACCAAUCAUGUGGAUACAAUGCAUUUUAAAAUCAUUAAUGACAAC